AUGCCACAGGAGCACUGUCUGGAUUCUGCGCAGCAUCAGCAGCAGCAGCAAGAGCGCCAGCAGCAGUUUCCUCGAACUGCGAGGGAGCACACUCCUGACAGCGGCUGCUUCGACGCAAACGGAGGGGCUGAGCCUGCAGAAGCCUUUCAGACUGCAGGAUUGUCAUCGUCGUUCGCAGAAGCAGCAAUAGCACCUGCCACGCCGUUUAGUGCCUUAGAAGUCUUUCCCUCUGUCGUCGCAUCCAAGGCCGAUUUUGCUCUUCCAGAGAUUCAUCGCUUGGGCUCUUGCUCCUUCGCUCUUAGAGCAGAGAGCAUUCCGCCGCAUGAGGACGCAGUGCGUAGAAGACCAGCAGCCACGUCUGCUGCUGCAAGAAGGGGCCUUGACGCAUCUGCAUCACCAGCAGCAGCUUCAGCGCCAGCGGAGCCAGAGAGCAGCUCCCUAUCUACGCUGGCGACUGCCUCAGACACAGACGGGCGCAGCGAGCACUGCGUUGAGGACGCUGGCAGAGCAGCGGCGCUUGCCGCUGCAGCAGGAGACGUGAGAGGCGCUAGAAACUCCUCAGAAGCAGCUUCUGAAAAGGCUGGAUACUCGCAAGCUCGUCUUUUCAAUUUGUCGCGGGGGGAGGCGUUUUCGUCGGCGGUAGCUCCGUAUCUCGCUUCUGCAGAAGCAGCAGCGUCAGGAGCUGACAAGCCCUCCUUCACGGCUGCUGCAGAGGAGACUGCAGCUUCGCAAAACGCCUCUUUGAGUGCACCAGCAGCAGCGGCAGCGGAUCCAGUGGUUCCCCUGCUGCCCCCCUCUGCUGCUCUCCCACCAGCAGCAGCCUCCACACCCGAGGCACGCCCUAGUGCUGCAGCGGCAGCUGAUGCAACAGCUGAAACAUCACACGGAAACGCUGCGGCUGCUGCAAGAGCAGCAACACCAGCUGAUGCCACCUCGGGGUCGUGA